UUUGACGUGUACUGCAUCUGCAGUAGCGGCGUAGAGAGUAGGGCGCGCUCAAUGUUACCUGUAUUCCUGUACUAUAUCUACGACCACUCCAUUAAAUUUACUAGUAUUGUAAUAACUAGAAUUGACAUCUCUACCGUUAAUUACUACACAUCAUGGCGCCGUUCCUUCCCGCUAUGCUAACUCUGUAGCUGCGUGUUCAACUCAUUUUGAUUCGUUGAACAAACGAGCUCAGCUAGCUGUGUUGAGCCGUGGACGAUCGAUCGCAUUUCAAUUCAGACGAAGGGAAUGGAUCCACAAGAGGAGAUCAAGAAGAAGAGCAAGAAGCUGUCCUCCCACUUCGAGAGCAGCACGCAAGGCCAUGGCCAUGGGGCCACCCCAACACCGUCUCCGGGGACGGGGACGGGGACGGGGACGACGCCCGUGGACAUCCGGGGCGAGGCCAUGGGGGAGGCGGAGCUGGCGCGCACCGGCGGGUGGGUGGCCGCGCUCUUCAUCUUCGGCAACGAGAUGGCCGAGCGCAUGGCCUACUACGGCCUCUCCCUCAACAUGGUCAUCUUCAUGUUCAACGUGAUGCACCGCCCCUUCGCCGCCUCCGCCAACGCCGUCAACAACUUCCUCGGCAUCUCCCAGGCCUCCUCCCUCCUCGGUGGCUUCCUCGCCGACGCCUACCUCGGCCGCUACUGGACCAUCGCCGCCUUCACCACCCUCUACCUCCUCGGCCUCGUGGCGCUCACCCUCUGCGCCACCAUGCCCGCGCUGCAGGCCCCGGGGCAGGACGAAUGCGACGGCUUCGCCAAGCUGCUGGGCAGGUGCCAGCAGCCGCGGCCCUGGCAGAUGGCCUACCUCUACGCCGCGCUCUACACCACCGCCCUGGGCGCCGCGGGGAUCCGCCCCUGCGUCUCCUCCUUCGGUGCCGACCAGUUCGACGAGCGGAGCCCGACGUACAAGCGCCGCCUGGACCGCUUCUUCAACCUCUUCUACCUGGCCGUCACCAUCGGCGCCAUCGCCGCCUUCACGGUGCUGGUGUACGUGCAGAGGAACCACGGGUGGGCGGCGGCGUUCGGAGCGCUGGCGGUGGCCAUGGGCACAUCCAACGCGCUCUUCUUCCUGGGGACGCCGCUGUACCGGCACCGCGUGGCGGGGGGGAGCCCGCUGACGAGGGUGGCGCAGGUGGUGGUGGCCGCAUACCGGAAGCAGGGGAGACCGGAGGCGGAGGAGGGGCUGUGCUUGUACGAGGUGGCAGGAGCGAAGUCGGCGGUGCGCGGGAGCGGCAAGAUCGAGCACACGGAGGAGCUGAGGUGGCUGGACAGGGCGGCGGUGGCGGUGCCGGAGGUGCAGGAUGACCCGUGGAGGGUGUGCACGGUGACGCAGGUGGAGGAGGUGAAGAUCCUGGUGCGGCUGGCGCCGGUGGCGGCGUGCACGGUGAUGCUGAGCGUGGUGCUGACGGAGUUCCUGACGCUGUCGGUGCAGCAGGCGUACACCCUCAACACCAGGGGGCUCCCCGUCGCCUGCAUGCCCGUCUUCCCCUGCCUCGCCAUCCUCCUCCUCCUCGCCCUCUACUACCGGGCCUUCGCCCCGCUCGCCCGUCGCGUCACCGGCCACCCGCACGGCGCCUCCCAGCUGCAGCGCGUCGGCCUCGGCCUCCUCCUCUCCGUCCUCUCCGUCGCCUGGGCUGCCCUCUUCGAGCGCUACCGCCGCGCCUACGCCAUCCGCCAUGGCUUCCUCCCGCUCUUCCUCACGCCCAUGCCGGGCCUCAGCGCCUACUGGCUCCUCAUCCAGUACUGCCUCAUCGGCCUCGCCGAGGUCUUCUGCCUCGUCGGCCUCCUCGAGUUCCUCUACCAGGAGGCGCCCGACGCCAUGCGCAGCCUCGCCUCCGCCUACGCCGCCCUCGCCGGCGGCCUCGGCUGCUUCUUCGCCACCGCCAUCAACACUGCCGUCGACUCCCUCACCGGCGACCUCGAUGCCGGCCGCCCCUCCUGGCUCGCGCAGAACAUCAACGUCGGCAGGUUCGACUACCUCUACUGGCUCCUCGCCGUGCUCAGCACCAUCAACUUGCUCGUCUUCAUCUACUUCGCCAAAGCCUACAAAUACAGGGUCAAGCCCGCCGACCACAACACCGAGGCCCAAGCCCAACCCACCCAUGGCAUUGCCAGCAGCACAUAAUCAAAUUCUACACUGUAGUA